AUGCGUUUUUUCAGCUUCCUCGUUGCAGCUACGUUAGCCUCAUUGGCCAUCGCACACCCAGGCCCUCAUAAAAAAGCCACGAGAGCCGAAAUUUCGCGUCGACAGGAGCUGUCUUCUCGUUGCGCUCACCAUGCCGGAGAAUACAACGCAAAAAGAUGGAAGAGGAGCUUGGAAAAGCGGCAGAAUAUUACGACUAUCGAAGCUACAACGGAAGCACCUUACUAUAAGACGAUUCAGAAUGAAACCUGCGUGCUCACGCCCGACGUGACAUCCGGACCUUAUUGGUGGACAGAGUCUCAGACACUUCGGCAGGAUAUUAGGGAAGAUCAACCAGGCGUGCCGUUGUCGCUUGAUAUUGGGGUGAUGGAUAUGGCGACAUGUGGACCCUUGGAAGGGGUGCUGGUGGACGUUUGGCACUGCAAUGCUACGGGAAAAUAUUCAAGUUUUACUGGGCUGCGAAACGACAUCCCCAAAUCUGAAACGCUACAAGACCUUAACAUGACCUGGUUUGAGCCCGGACAGUCGGAUAUUCAUACGGAUAAUCAGACUUGGUUGCGGGGCAUGUGGCCGACGGAUAGUAAUGGGAUGGUGGAGAUGAAGACUAUUUUCCCAGGCUUUUACUUCGGAAGAUCAAUCCACAUUCAUAUUCAAGUGCAUACCGACUGGGUGCUGAGAGACAACGGCACCCUUGCGAGUGGGAAUACCGUGAGCACGGGGCAGGUUUUUUUCGAUGAGGAGCUUGAGCAGGAGAUCAUGGCGUUGGAGCCGUAUUCUUCUGUGACAGGGAUUCAGAGACUCGUUAAUGGUCUUGAUGACACGUUCCAUAAUGAGAAUACCGACGGGUAUAAUGCCAUUGUGUCGGUGGUCCCCAUGGAUGGGGUUGAUGUGAGGAAUGGGAUGAUCGGAUAUAUUACUGUUGGUGUGGAUACAGAAGCUGUUGACCCUGAAUUCCCGGUUCGAUAA